CGCCGAGCAGAAGAGGAGAGCGAGCUGGGGAGAGCGAGGCAAUUUGGAGGGGAGGGCAGGCAGAGUCAGCGGACCCCGCGGCUCUCCUCUCCCAUCGCCCAUCCCUUUUCUCUCUUCUCCUUCUGCUCCCCUCUCGGCCCUUAACUUUCCCCCCGAAAACCCCACUUAGCCAAAGGAAGGAGGUAAGGGGAACCCUUUCCCCUCCCCCCUUCAAAAAACUUUUCCAAGUCCGGAGAAAGCAGGGGACCGAGCGGGCACCCGGCUGGCCAUGGAGCUGCUGUGCUGCGAGGUGGACCGCGUCCGCAGGGCUGUGCCCGACGGCAACCUGCUCCACGACGACCGCGUUUUGCAGAACUUGCUCACCAUCGAGGAGCGCUACCUUCCCCAGUGCUCCUACUUCAAAUGCGUGCAGAAGGACAUCCAGCCCUACAUGCGCAGGAUGGUGGCCACCUGGAUGCUGGAGGUCUGUGAGGAGCAGAAGUGUGAGGAGGAGGUCUUCCCUUUGGCCAUGAAUUACCUGGACCGCUUCUUGGCUGGGGUCCCAACCCCUAAGACCCACCUUCAGCUCCUGGGUGCUGUCUGCAUGUUCCUGGCCUCAAAGCUCAAAGAGACCAUUCCGCUGACGGCAGAAAAGUUGUGCAUUUACACGGACAACUCCAUCAAGCCUCAGGAACUGCUGGAGUGGGAGCUGGUGGUGCUGGGGAAAUUGAAGUGGAACCUGGCGGCCGUCACUCCUCAUGACUUCAUCGAGCCCAUCCUCCGCAGGCUGCCCCAGCCCAGUGAGAAGGUGUCUGUGGUCCGCAAGCACGCACAGACCUUCAUUGCUCUGUGCGCCACCGCAGACUUCAAGUUUGCCAUGUACCCACCAUCGAUGAUUGCAACUGGAAGUGUGGGAGCCGCCAUCUGUGGGCUGCAGCAGGAUGAAGAAGUGAGCUCGCUCACCGGCGAUGCCCUGGUGGAGCUGCUGGCCAAGAUCACCAACACCGACGUGGAUUGCCUCAAAGCCUGCCAGGAGCAGAUUGAGGAGGUGCUGCUCAGCAGCCUGCAGCAGUUCCAGCAGGCGCAGGGGGAAGGAUCCAAGUCGGAGGAUGAACUGGACCAAGCCAGCACCCCUACAGACGUGCGGGAUAUUGACCUGUGAGGAUGUCAGUCGGGCCGCAUGGGAGAGACGUGUUCACAUCUGCUCUCUCCUUCUCUCUGGUUGUUUUGCUCUAUGUUUUAGGAUGAAACUUAAAAAAAAAAAAUUCUGCCCCCAUCUAGAUCAUUGAAAAGUCUUUUAGAAGUGAGAGAAAAAGGUCCUAUAUAACCAGAAUGAUUAAAAGCAUUUGGUGCCUAUUUGAAGUACAACAGAAGAGAAUCCCUUGUGUAUUCGAACAGUUAUUGUUUGGUUAUGUUAAAAGUAAUAGUAAAAUGCUUAUAGGAAAACUGCAGAGUAGCUAGAGAAAAUGUAUGCCUGCAAUAUGGGACGAAUUAGAGGAGGCUUUUUUUUUUCAUGUUAUAAACUAGCACAUGAUACACCUCUACUAGGAUAAUUUCAAGGAACUGCAUAUGCCAUUUAUGGCGUGAUUAGAUUGCAAAGCCAUGAGCUCGAGAAGGAAUUAGAAACAAGGAGGGACAUGGUGGGGAGGGAGGAGGCAGCAGUCUCUCAACGUGACUGAACCAAUUUGGAUGUAGAAGCACUUUUGGUCUCGACCACCUGUUACAAGUCAGGAGCAUUGCUGGAUCUCUAGUUGGGAACUCUUGCUGUCUACAGUAGCUGCUACCUAAAAAAGAUGUUUUACUUUUCAGUUGGACACAGGUGAUUAGAUCCUGGGUUUUACGUUUUUUGACAUCUUGCUUCUCCUUCCAAACAUGGUUCAUUGCACCCAUCACCAUAUUUUGUCUAAAGGGGCAGUGUGGCUCUGGGCCAUUACCAAAACUCAUAUGAAAUGAAGGCAGAUGGAGACCAGGGGUGGGUGGGAUCUGGAGUGGAAUCGUUCAAUGCAUAAAGAGAGUAAUGUGACCUUGGCAUCCCUUAUUAGGAGAAAACUAAUUUUUGGUGCUGAUUGGCAUGUCUGGUCCACAGUUUAGUGUUGUUAUAAACCAUUCCAUUCGCAAAGCACUUUGAAAAACUUGUUCCUGAGGGAUAGAUGGGAUGGUUUAUGCAAAUUAUGCUGAACAGACUCCUCCCUUCUUUGGUGCCCUCCCCCGCCAGUCUUGGUAUUGUUCGCUUCUGGAUUCUGACAUCCUCUGGUACAUAGUUCUGGUGUCCCUACUAGGACUGAAGAGACACAACCCUUUCCGCUGACAUUCCCAUCACAACAUUCCUCAGAAAAGCCUGAAAACAAAGAUCUGUUACCAUUUUGAUGGCAUGUAAGGAUCUUAAUUCCCACCUAUAUACUUCCCCUUUGGACAUGGAAAGAAAAGUUAUUGCUGGUGCAAAGACAGACAGCUAAACAUCAGUGUGACAUUGUGUUCCCUUUUCCGUUUUUUGUUAAUUUCAUUGCAAAGUUGUAUUCAGUGUACUUGAAGUUUUUCCUCUCCACUUCUUAAACACAUUCAGUUAGCAAAGAGGUUGGAGCAACAAGUUUUGGGGUUUUUGUUUUGUUUUGUUUUGGGUUUUUUUUUUGUUGCACAAUUAUAAUUGACAGGUGAUGAAGCUAUUUGUUAAAAUAUUUGCCUGUUUUAAGUAAGAAGAAAAAUCAGAACAGGGCUGCUUUGAAGAAUUAUACACAGAUUCUGCCUUGUUUCAUAGUAUGAGGGGUUGAAGAUGGUGAAAAAUCUAAGGGUCUCUCUUUCAUUUUAUUGUUCAUUUUUUUAUUAUUUUUUUUUUUGCGCUGCUAAGAAGCUAAAAUCAUCCAUCCUUAUUCACAUUAACAGUACCUAGCUGUAAUGUUUUUCACAGUGUGCUGCUAUUUUAUAAACAUUUUUAUAAUAUAUUAUUUUACUGCUUAAACUCCAAGUCCCAAAGUAGAUGGUUAAGAUAAGAGUUCCUUGUACUGGAAAAGCCCUUCCAUAGCUUUUCUUCUAGUAGCGUAUUCACAGUUGGUUGUUUUUUUUUCCUUUUCGGUUUUUUUUUUUUCUCUCUCUGAUCACAUUCUUAUAAGACAGAGUGUUCUUUACCUCAGGUUUACUGGACAAAAUCAGUAGCUACAAAAGAAAGCGAUUCACAGUUUUGUUUUCAUAAUACCUCACAGCCAUACAGUUUCUGUGUGGGAGCCCGUGAGUGCGGGGGAAGAGGGCGGGGCGAGGCUGCAGGCCUCCCCCCUGGCAGGCGAGUGGGUUUGGCCCCGGGUCUCACACCCAGGGACCUUUUCAGUCGUGAAGGUCAUCGGGCUUCCAUUUUGACUCUGGUAUCCUCCUCAUGAUGGAAAAAAUACAAUUGAACCAAGGGAUUUCCCUCCCCCCGCAGCAGACAUUCAGCACAGACAUUUACGCAGUGGGCAAGAAGUUACUGUACUUAGGUAUCAGGAGACAGGCUGAGAAUUCCAGCAGGCUACUUGGAGACCCUCAUCUUACAGCCCUUUCCAAAGCAGGGCUUUCGUCGCUAGGGUCCUCUCAUCUUGCAAGGACCUUUCCCUUUCUGUCCUUCCCUGACGCCAGCAUCCCCAGUUCACAGUGAUGACAGAGGUUUUUCUAGGUCUGAGUCUGCAGCGCGCAGUGCUGCGGGGAUGUGUUCCCCCACUUGUCUCUGACGGGGGCGGCAAGGCCAGGUCAUUGGCUAAGCAGCACUCAGUGUUUUCUAGGCUUAAAUCGCAUUGAAUUGGCAUGAUUGGAAAAAAUAGGUCAGAUGAUUACUGGAUGGUAGUUGAAGGGAGAUGGUGAGGCUGCUGCUUUCCAGAGGGUGUUUAGGAGGGUUCAGGAUUUGGUGAGAUAGUAUAACCCUAAAUUCUAGGGAGUUUCUGGUGGGGUACCGGGUGGUGAAUGCUGAAGUUCUGGAGAGGAAGGCUGAGCAGGCGGUCUUUUAUCAAGAGCCCACUUUGCACGGGACACUCUUCUGGGCCCUGAGGGGUUCCCUAGAACAGAAGGAGGUGUGGUCCCCAGAGCUCUUGGGUGUCUUGGAGCCUAAAGACAAAUUGAGGUACAAAUUAUUCCAUAGUGACCCACCAGCCCUUAAGCUCAGAUGGGAGAAGCAGCAGGUGAGAGAACCUGACAAGGAAGGAAACAGGCCAACAGGCUCCCGGCAGCCUGUAGCUUUCCACUUCUCCUGAAGCCCCCGGAUGCCACCGGGGCCUUCUAGCCUUUUCUAGUUCCUGUCCUGCAGCCUCGUGUGCUAGGUGUGAGGCUGCUGAUGGGGAAGGUGCUAGGUUGUCUGGCUUUUCCUGACUUUCCUCUCCUUUAAACAAAAGAAGGAACUCUGAUUGUUUAAGUGGCCGAUACCCUCUCCUUGGAUCUUGGUUUCCUCGGUAGGAGAUUUUGUCUUGGAGAAGCUCAGUUCUCGUGAUUUAUUUUUUUUUCACUUCCUGCUCAAGGGGUUCCAAACCUGUUCUGAUCUUUUUCUACCUUUAAACAACAACAAAAAAAUCUCUACUUCCUCCUCUCUGUUUUUGUUUUUCUCCAUCAGUGGGGCCUAAGUUGGUCCCCUAGCCUGCCAAAUUUUGUUCCUUCCCCUAUUUUGGCCAAAUCCUAGUGGGGAAAAUCCUAGUAUGCCAAAAAUAUAUGCUAAGCAUAAUUUAAUUCUGUGCGGGUUCAUAUCAGCUAAGAAGCCUGUAGGUGGAAGCAGGGGAUGGAUCCCCCAGCAGAAGGUGUCCCACGUACUGAGGGAGCAGCUCCUCAGAGAACAGGCUGCUCUUAGAGGAGUCUAUGCUGGAACUGCCCCAGGACCCCGCAGAAGGGCUCCCCACGUCUUCCAGCCAGGUCCUCCUUGGUCUAUUGUGCUUUGUACAAGAGGCUCAGUUCUGCCUCCUAUCAUCUUGACCAGGGGCACGCAUGGCUCGGAAACCCGCAGGGGCUUAAGUGGCAUGGCCGGGGGAGGAAGCAACCCUGACUGCAUUACCCUGACUGCAAAGCCCUCGCUAGCAGGGUGGGCUUUGCUUCUGAGGGAGCUUUGGCUUUCCUGCAGUCCAGCCCCUUUAGGGCCUCUCCACACUGCCCUGGGAGCUCUGGGACGGACAGGUUAAGAAUAUUAGGCAGGAUUGGAUGACUUCUGAAAGAGGGCAGGGGAAUUUUCUCUCCAUGGGCCUAAGGGGGCAGGGCUGGGAGAAGAAAUAGACUUGCACCUUAUGUCAUGUAAAUAAUGAUUUUCUAGUUCAAGAAGAUGAUAUGGGUAGUGUGGGAAUGGGAGGUAGGGAUGGGGAGGAAGUCUGAGUAAGCCAGUGGGCUUCUAAGCCAAAAGGAUUCCUUUUGUUUAUCUUUGAGACAGUCCAACCCUGAGAAUAGCUUUAAAAGGGAAAUUAAUGCUGAGACAGUAAAGUCCCCUUAAGCCAACAAACUAGCUAUAGAAUGAGUGCAGGCUUCUACUGGUGUGGGCUUGGACCAGUUUUCAAGAGCCGCUCAUGCCAUUUGUCCAUUUGUACAAAAUAGGGCAGGAAGACUCGAGGAUGUUAAUAACUUCCUCACGCCAUGUGGCUUUUCAUGAUUCUAGACUCUAAACCCAGAACAUCAUUCAGCCUACAUUUCUCAGAACUAUUCUCCUACGUUUGUGUGUCUCUACUUUAGGCUUGGCUGGGCUAUCAGAUCCGAUUCUUGGCUCAGGUUCCAAGAAGCCAUCAGCAAAUGUAUCCAUGCAUGCUGUAGCCGCAUCAUUUAUUCCUUUGCCUGCAGCCUACUUUGGGGAAAAAAGUGCCUUACUGAGUGUAGCCAUUAUAGUAUCCAAUGUAUUUUAACAGGUGCCUGUCCUUUAAAAAAAAAAAAAAAAAAAAGGUGGGUUUUUUGGGUUUUCUUUUUGUUGUUGGUUUUUUUUUUUUAAAUGGGUUUCAGUUCUUAUUGCUGGCCAACUCUUAAAUCACCAGCAAACCACCGGGCCAUUGGAUUUUUUCCAUUAUGUUCAUUACCCUUGUAUCAUGUACCUCAGAUCUCUCUCUCAGUUACAGUUUCUUGUCUUGGACUUCUUUUAUUAUUAUUAUAACUUUUUUUUUGCUUUAAACGAGUGUGAUGCCAUAUCGAGUCAAUGUAAUUCUCUCACAAUGUACUCUAUAAGAGGUGUGGGUGUUUAUUUGGUCGGGAUGCUAGCAAGUGCUAAAGUAGCAUGAUCAGUAUGAAAAGGUUUUUAGGAAGCUUGGAAAAUGUUUUAUUGGUUAUGAUGGUGACAUGGUAUAGUCAGCUGCCUUUGAAGAGGUCCUAUCUGUUCGGUGUUAAGUGAUUUUAAGAAAUAGUAACCUGUUGUUCUGACUAGCUUAAAGAUGGAUUUGGAAAUGGUUUUGGAUGCGAUUAGGUAAUGCUAUUUGGACAAUAAACUCACCUUGACCUAAA